CAGUGGUUUUUAAUAUUAUUGAUACUCUACUUGCCGCCCGAAGACAUGGCGGAACCUAAAAGAUCGGUUGAAAAAGAUCAAAGAUGCCGACGCUCUUUGUCCCUACUGUAUAUCAGUAUACUGUGCUACACGUAUGGAGGUGAUACGCACUAAGCGAGCAACCAUGUACGUGUGCGCGCUACACUUUGGCGGCCGAAGUGCGAUUGGUUGCUCGCUUGUGUGCGUAUCCCCUCCAUAUGCAGUAGCAUGCUGUAAGGUUCCUAACUGGCAUCUAUGGACUGGUUCCGUUUCUUGGUGUGCUUAGUUAGACGAAGCAUGAAGCAGUAGGAAGGCUGAAGGAUUGUCGAUGCGAGAUUAACGCGAGAAGCUCAUACAAAACAAACAGGAAAGCGAGCAAACAGCGGUUUAAAAAACAAGGAAGACAAGGAAACUGGCUCCAUUUCUUGGUGUGCUCAGUUAGACCGAUAAAGCAUGAAGCAGCGGAAAGGCUGAAGGAUCGUCGAUGCGAGAUUAACGUGAGGAGGUAGUGCACGCGACAACAGAUCCAUCAGAGAAGAUGAGCAGCUUGGCGGUUUGUUUGAUGCUCCUCUCGACGGUGCCGGCAAUCCUCGGCAACUGUCCCCUGCAGGCACUUCCAUGGGGAGCACUGAGAGAGGAGAGGGUCCUUGAAAAUGGCACUUUGCAGCUGAGAUACUUCUGCGAACCGGGACGUAGACUCAAAGGUCACAAGGUGGCGACUUGCACCGCCAACGGUUGGGACCAUCCCGUCCCGAAAUGCGUGUUAGACUCCGACAAGAGCAAUCUGCAAACUACGGAAAAACAUUUUAACGUGCUGGCAAACAAGAAGAAGAACCAAAAGCGCCUUUUCGUCAAAGCAGAGCUAAACAAGACCAUAGUGUCCCAACUGGAUACUACCUGUCUCAUAGAGGGAUCCAUACAGAAAUUCAUUAAGGCUCCUUCGAUCGAACACGCGCACGAAGCGAGAUACGCUAAACGGACAAAUGUACGCUUGCCUUAUAAUCAGUUUCAUGUUGCAAUUUACUCGUGCAUGGAAGGUUUCGUUUUCCUGAAUCUAAAGAAUGAUAGGCUGUUCUGUAGCAACGGUACCUGGAUUGGACGUCAUCCGAAAUGUGUGAGAAAAACUGAGAAAGUGAAACAUUGCGCUAAACAUGGAAAAGAAUGCCAGCACGUGUGCGAGGAUACACCAACUGAUAUAAAAUGUUCUUGCUUCGAUGGAUUCCGAGCUGAAGGAUCCUCUUGUAUAGACAUUGAUGAAUGCGCCGAGGGCACAGCAAAAUGCACUGAUAUCUGCCGCAAUGAACCUGGUACUUACCAUUGCGAGUGUCAUCAUGGUUUCGUACUGGGAAAUGAUCGCCACUCUUGCCAAGAUGUGAACGAGUGCCUCUCGAACAACAGACACGGGCCUUGCCAAGGUAUUUGUCGUAAUCUUAAAGGCAGCUACGAGUGCAGUUGCGCCGAUAUUCCCGGUUACAAAUUAGCUGCCGACAAUCACACUUGCGAAGACAUCGACGAGUGUAUGUUAGGCAAUGUCAAUUGUUCUCAUCAGUGUUACAACGUUCCUGGAAGCGCUUUCUGUCUUUGUCCGUCCGGUUACUACCUAGAAGAUGACUGGAAAACCUGUUUAGAUAUUAACGAAUGUCAAAUAUCAAACCCUUGCCCGAACGAUACUGUAUGCAGGAACAUAGUAGGAUCAUACAAAUGUGUAUCCAAAGUACGCAUGGAAAAAGUACUUCGUUUCGAAGGUACGAAUGUUGACGAAGAUCGAGAUGAUUAUGAAGAAAUAUUUACCGAAGAACCCAAUCUGUUACGGAAAAACCCAUGGUCCACACACCAUGUAUGUAGGAAAGGUUUUAAACUGAAGAGUGUGAACGGAACGUCGAAGUGCGUUGAUAUAAACGAGUGCAAGCUUUGGAAGCGUCGCUGCCAGCAUAAGUGCGUGAACGAACCGGGUACCUACCAUUGUACUUGUCACAGUGGUUACGAGCUCAAAGAGGAUGGUCGUCACUGCAGAGAUAUAGACGAAUGCACCCCAGGCACACAUACAUGUUUUCACAGUUGCACGAACUUGGUAGGAUCCUACGAAUGUGGAUGUCCUCCUGAUACGCCUUUAGAUAAAGAUUGUGUGCCAUCUAAUGCGUGCGAAAUCGCGAACUGCAGUCAUAUAUGUGAUCUAGGUCGUGCUUCGUACCGGUGCGACUGUCCAAGCGGAUACGUAAUGCAGGACGAUAAGAAGACUUGCAAGGACAUUGACGAGUGUCUCGAAAACAAUGAAUGCUAUAAGUGUAUUAAUACUCCCGGGAGCUAUAGAUGCAUCUGUCCACCGGGUGCGAGGCUCGCCGAGGAUGGCUUCAAUUGCGUAUACAAGCUUUGGGAUUUUGCUAAAAGUAACUGUAGUCUGGGAUUGAAAUAUAUGAGCAACGGUCAUUGCGAAGACGUUGAUGAGUGUCUUGAGAGCGAACAUGGGUGCUCGCAGUUGUGUAUCAAUAAAUACGGGUCCUACCGUUGCGACUGUGAAAUCGGAUGGAUCUUGAAGAAUGAUGGUUUCACCUGUAUAAAAUUCAACCAUUGUUUCAACUCCACGUGCUCACAUUCGUGCAUCUCGACAAGUUUAAGUUACAAAUGUGAGUGUCCUUUAGGUUACAUUUUGAAUGAGGAUGGUAACACCUGCAAGGAUGUGGACGAGUGCGAAAACAUAGCGAUGAAUGAUUGUAGCCACGACUGCAUAAACCUCAAAGGAUCUUAUUCAUGUUCUUGUCCGCCAGGAUUCAAGUUAGGAGAAGAUAAUCGCACGUGUAUCGUUAUUAUCCCAUACACAUGUGCCAAUUCUGAGGGCGAUGAUUGCACUUGUCCUGAGGGACAUACUUAUUUGCAAGAAGAACACAUUUGUAAGGACAUCGACGAGUGCCAGGACGAAAGCAGGCACAAUUGUUCCCACUUUUGCAUUAAUACCAGCGGCUCGUAUUAUUGUGAGUGUCCUUCUGACUUGCACAUGCUAGCGGAUUUCAAGACCUGUCGGCAAUGGGACAGUUUUUGCGUUAACGAGGUGGGUUGUUCAUACUCAUGCAAACAGGACAACGACGAGGUUCGUUGCGUUUGUCCGACGGGAUAUGAAUUGAUAAAGUAUAAAAAGACUUGCAAGGAUGUAAACGAAUGUGAUACGGGUCUGCACGACUGUUCACAUGACUGUAGAAAUCAUGAUGGAGGUUUUACUUGCCAUUGUCCGAAUUAUUUUAUCCUUGAUAAGGAUAACAAAACUUGCCUCAAUAUGGAGCACUGCAUCAGGUCAGAAUUUGAUUGCGUUCGUGACUGCAUAACUUUCUUCGAUGGCUAUACACACUAUUGCCAAUGUCCCUAUGGUUAUGAACCAUCAUCCUUUGACAACACCACCUGCUAUAAGAUUAAUUAUUGCGAUCGGGAUCAUGACUGCGACCAUAAAUGCAUCAGCGAAUUUGAUGAUUUUCGCUGCCAAUGUUUCUCGGGAUAUGAGCUGUGGACACGGGACAACAAGACCUGUAUAAACAUACUUGAGUGCGAGUUAAACAAUCCUUGUUCUCCCCACCGUUGUAUAAAUCUCGAUGGUCAAUUCAUGUGCGUAUGCUCUGUGGGACAUCCGCUCACAGAGGACGAAGAAACUUGCGAGGGCUACGAAGAUGAUUGUAUUCAAGAGGAUGGUGGAUGUUCUUAUCUGUGCGCGUAUACGGACAUGGACUUUAUGUGUUUGUGUCCCAAUUAUGAAUUUGCGGACGAUGACAGUACAUGCAAGAUAGAUCCAUGUUACAUCGACAACGGCGGAUGCUCGCAUUUUUGUCAUUACGACGGAAACGUGACCUGUACCUGCCCAGUUGACAUGAUUUUGAUUGAGGAUGACAGGCUUUGUGUGCAUAAGAAAAGUUGUUUGGUUAAUAAUGGCGGCUGCUCAGAUAUCUGUACGUUCGUGAACGACACGAGUAUUUGCGACUGUUCCGUCGGUUAUCGCCUAUCACUGCAAGACAAUACCACCUGCUGGGACAUCAAUGAGUGUUCAGAAUUGCGAGAUAUCUGUAAUCAAAUAUGCAUCAACACUCCCGGCAGUUUCAAGUGCAGCUGCAGGGAUGGCUAUGCGCAGAUGCCAUAUGCCCCAGAAAUCUGCAUUGACGUGAACGAGUGUGAAGUCAUCGAGAAUGGGGGCUGCUCGCACAUAUGCGUGAACACACCGGGUAGUUACCAUUGCGACUGUCCCGUCGGUUAUCGCCUAUCGCCGCAAGACAAAAUCACCUGCAAGGACAUCAACGAAUGCGUGGAGCAACACGUCUGCGACCACACUUGCAUCAACACUCCCGGCAGUUUCAAGUGCAGCUGCUGGCAUGGCUUUGUGCAGAGCCCAAACGACCCGGCGCUCUGCGAAGACCGGGACGAGUGCGAGAUCGAGAAUGGGGGCUGCUCACACACUUGUAUGAACGUGAUAGGUACCUAUCUGUGCCGAUGUCCAGAGAAAUACGAGCUAACAAACGACUGGAAGACAUGCAUUUGGGAUGGUUGCAAGCACAAUAACGGUAAAUGCUCCCAUUAUUGUCACCCGGUACUGGGGCCCGCGAGCGUCCCAGGAGCCAUUUACUGCUCUUGUCCACGCGGCUAUGACUUGUGGCACGAUGGCCGGACCUGCAAGGACAUCGACGAAUGCAUGGAGCAACACGUCUGCGACCACACUUGCAUCAACAAUCCCGGCUCGUACGAAUGCAGAUGCAGACAGGGUUUUCGACUGGUGAAUGGUUCCACCUGUGUUGACAUCGACGAAUGCAUCGAGAAGGCGCCCUGCAGCAAGAUAUGCAUUAACAUACCCGGUUCGUAUUAUUGCACGUGCCCAAUCGGAUUUAAGCUGCAAGAGGACGAAUGCGUAGGCAAGUAAAUGCACUCAUUGCACACUAUGUCCUAAUAGUGAUACAUAUUUCGUUAUGCAUUUCAUGAUACAUAUUGUAUAUAGAAACAAGCUGAUUUAUAUAUACAAUUUUAUACAUGCUUGUUGCUCAAACUUGUUAUGUUUUGUCACAUGACAAGAAGUUGUUAUAAUGUAUGUAAUAAUGAAAAAAAGUAUAAAUUUUUUAUAUUUUAUAUUAAACGAAUAAAUGCAUAUUUUAUUUUAUUUUUUUAUUUUUUAAAAACACACAAAUUUAUAAACUGACAACUGUAACUUUAAUAACUGUCACCGUUUUCACAGUGUUCUAUUUAUUGCGAUUUUUCUUUUUGUAAUUAAUCUCAAAAAUAUAUGACACGAUUAGACAUCGAUGAAUGCGGGUGACAUUGCCACAGCUGCAAUCAUGAAUGCAUCAAUAUCAUGGGUUCUUUUAUCUGUUCUUGCUGUACCGGGUAUACGUUGAUUUUGAGGUAAGAGCAAUAUUGGGAUAUACCCAGUAAAUAGUUUGUAAGCAGGCUGUCGACAGAUUGACGACAGAUUCGAACAGGAGCUGCCGACAGAUCUAUAGACAUCUGUGUCCGCACUCGGCUUAUAAUCUGCUAGCAGAACCAUGCUACCAUAUCCCAGUUCUAUAUGUUUCAAGUGGUUCCGAGUGCACACAGGCACGACACGUAGCUUGUGUGCGUCAUCUCCUCCACAUGCUACCAAAUGCGACCAGCGGCCGGAAUAGCAUUUCUGCUUUGGAUAUCAAUACUUUUAUUGUUGUGUCUCAUUUUCCCUCAACUUUUGCGAUUCGCCCAAACAACGCGUGAACUUGGUGUCUUUUUUUCCCUUUUCAUGGAAAAGGUAAGGUGUGUACGGUAGGUCUUACCGUCGUCAGUAUAAAAAUGGUAUUCCACAUUAUGUAAAGUCUCAGAUUGAUCCCGUCGAUUUCCAUCUUCCGUACUGACCGAUUUUGAUUAAUCUGAAAAUUUUCUUGAUGAGUCUCAAGCCAAGUAGUGUAUCUAUAUUUGUUCCUAUGUGUUUUGCAUAUCACUACACAUUUGCAAAAUUGUGACUUUACGAUAUCGAAAACUUUAUAAUAAUAUCCUGUUAAGCAAAACUCGCUGAAAAAAACGAAAAAUCUCUUUUUCUCUAGCAUCAUCAGAAACUAUUAAAGUUUUACGACUGUUUAUCUUACUUUUAACUUUUUACUUUGAUUUUUCAGUUUUUUCUACUUCUUCACUAACAUUAUUUUUUAGAAUGUUUUCACAGACGAUUUUUAUAACAUCAUGAAUGUUUGUAAUUAUUGUAUCAUAAACUUUUUGAUAAACAGGAUGACAAAUGAGAAUGGCGAUGGGAACAGGACGCAGCAAAUUCAUAAAAGUUUAAUUCUUACAAAAUUUUUUUGCACUUUUGCAUUCAAUCCUAUACCAAGAAGGCGCAUAGCAAAAGUAAAUUUUACAUUUAUACUUUAUAUGUAUUUUUAAUAUUUAAACAAGAAUUAACCAGUCUUGGAGC